GGACGCCGCGCUCCGGCCCAACCCGCUCGGCGAGCGCUGGGCUCUGCGGUCCUUCCGGGCGCCCGAGCAGGGCCGGCUGGGGAGAUGGCUGCCGCGACCCCAAUGCGAGGUCUGGGCGGGCGGCCGCGGGGCGCGGGGUCCGGCCUGGAUCGGGGCGCGGCAGGGCGGAGGCGUCGUCGGAUUUGGAGAAAUGCAAUCAAGAGUUUUUCACUCAGGGAAGGGAGGGCGGUGGCGGACGAGGUUUUGGUUUUCUUAGGAAAUGGGCCAUUUGGCAAACUUUCCUGUCAUUAAUUUUUGAUAACGGAAAUGGGAUUUUUUUGUAUUUUUAAAAUUUAUUUAUUUAUUUAGGGUAUAAAGGGAAAGAAAAAUAAUUCCGCCAUUUUGGCGUUUAAAAAAGUAACAGCUCUGCAGAGCCCGCGGAUCAGUGGCCGCCCCGCCCUCCGCCGUCUAUUAGUCCCGGGUGGCAGGGGGCGCCUUCGGGUGCGGGGCCGGCUCGGGCGCGGCCACGCGUCCCGCGUCUGGCGAUCCCGCAGCAGGUGCGGCCAGGGGGCGGCGCCAGGGCCGGGAGUUUGCAGGCGCUGUGUGUUGCCGCCACCGUAUCCGUCUCUGGCACUAGCUCCACAUCCUCAGCCGCUAGAGCCAGGGCGUUUAUUUGGCGUCAGUUGUAUACAAGGCCUUGAAGGGCAAGGGGUGGAGGGUGGGGGAUGGGGAGCCUUGGCAGAUAGCACUCUUGGCAGAUGGCAACCAGUUUGGCUGCAUUCAUUUAGUAACUAUUUAUUGAGCAGCUGUUAUGUGCACUGCUUUUGGCUGGGGGUAAGUUAAUCAUUGUUAAAUUUGGUUUCCUGGGAACGCUGAGAUUAGGUUUAUCGGAACAUCCAUCCUUGUGAAGACAGUAGGAUUGGGCAGAGAUACUAAAAUACUGGUGUAGUCUCAAGAGGAACCUCAGCCUGUCCCAAGGGAAGCUCUGGAACUGAGAGACACCCCCUACCAAAAAAAGAAAAAAAUCCCAGAUAAAAGGGACCAGACUUUUAUACUCACGUGUCUGUAUGGGAGUGAGGCAGCUCUCUUGGUGGAAGGUGAUUCCAAGAGAAUCUGGAAAUCAAAGGCUGUAGCCCCCUCUUUGGGGUCCCCUCUCACCUCAGCACAGCUCUUCUGUCUUGUCACUGGGUCCCAUCCUCUUCCCAACCUGUAAGUAGUAGUGAGCCCCAAGGGACCCCACCUUUUUCCUCUUUUACUCUGUCUCAGUUUUCAAUGGCAUCUACACAAGAAGACUGUCAAAUUCAUAUCUGUAGCCCAACCUUAUCUGUUAUGUCGAGAGUGUAAGAGAGCCCUCCGUCUUGCUUUCCCUGCCUCCAAGAACACAGAAUACUGCUGACACCGAACGGAUUCUCCAGUGUUUGCAAAACAAAUAACAGGCAGCAAACUUGAACAGAAAGGCUGUUCUCCCAGUCACUCUUUUUUUUUUUUUUUUCCUUUCCCCACUAGGUAGUGAACUCUGGAGUGUACUAACAGGCUAGCUUCCCACACUUGUUUUGUUUUGGGUUUUUUUUGAGACAGUCUCCCUAAAUUGUCCAAGCUGACCUCGUACUUGGGAUCCUUCACCUCAGCCUCCCAAGUAGCUGGGAUUACAGGCCUUUCAGAAUGGAGAGUCGUACUGAAAUGGAGAUGCUGAGGACAAUGAAGGGGCCUUCUACAGGGGAGGUCAGUGUGCACCUGGUGACCAGAGACAGCCCAGGUUCUGGUCCUCACUUGCCAGCAGCUGCCUUCAUCAUUCCGGCCAGCUCAGCCACCCUUAGCCUGCCCAGCAGUGCCCUAGAUAUGUCCUGCUUUCCGCGAGAGCCAAUCCAUGUAGGCGCCCUGGAGAGGGUAGCCAGCAACGAGCCAGUCACAGCCACAGUUCUGCCACAGCUAAGUGCUGGGCCAGCAGCCAGCUCUAGCGCCGGCACAGUGAGACUUCUGGAGUGGACAGAGACUGCAGCUCCGCCCCCUGGCAGUGGUCUGCGGUUCCGGAUAAGCGAAUAUGCGCCGCUGAAUAUGGUGGGAAUAGAGCAACCACCGAGCCCCAAGCGGCAGCAGGAAGGCAUGGCCGAAUGCAAAGCUGGCGGGGCCACGUCGGAAGGUGGUCAUGUGGACACCCAUCAGCCCGAGGGCCUCCCCCAGGACCCUCCUGAAGACCCCUCUCAGGAUCCCCCAGAGGAUGACAGCACCUGUCGGUGCCAGGCCUGCGGACCUCAGCAAAGCGCUGGUCCAGAUCUUGGUUCGUCCAGUGAUGCCUGCCCUCCUCUGUUCCAGGCGCGGUCUGUCAUAGUAGAGAACUCCUCAGGCUGCACCAGCGCAUCUGAGCUCCUCAAACCCAUGAAGAAGAGGAAGCACAGGGAAUACCAGAGCCCAUCAGAGGAGUCAGAGCCAGAGGCUGAGGAGAAGCAAGAAGGAGGAAAGGAUCCGGAGGGACAGCCCAGCGCCAGCACUCCAGAGAGUGAGGAGUGGAGCAGCAGCCAGCCUGCAUCAGGCGAGAAGAAAGAAGGCUGGUCAUGGGAGACCUACCUGGCAGAGCAGAAAGCCGUCACUGCCCCAGUCAGCCUCUUCCAGGACUCCCAGGCAGCCACUCAUCUCAAGAAUGGCUUCAAACUGGGCAUGAAGCUGGAAGGCAUUGACCCUCAACACCCAUCCAUGUACUUCAUCCUCACUGUGGCUGAGGUGUGCGGCUACCGCCUGCGUCUGCACUUCGAUGGGUAUUCUGAGUGCCAUGACUUCUGGGUCAAUGCCAAUUCCCCCGACAUCCACCCUGCUGGCUGGUUUGAGAAGACUGGGCACAAGCUGCAGCCUCCCAAAGGUUACAAGGAGGAAGAGUUCAGCUGGAGCCAGUACCUGCGCAACACAAGAGCUCAGGCAGCCCCCAAGCACCUGUUUGUGAGCCAAAGCCACAAUCCCCCUCCCCUGGGCUUCCAGGUGGGCAUGAAACUGGAGGCUGUUGACCGCAUGAACCCGUCCCUCGUCUGCGUGGCCAGUGUGACCGACGUGGUGGACAGCCGCUUCCUGGUGCACUUUGACAACUGGGAUGAUACUUACGACUACUGGUGUGAUCCCAGCAGUCCCUACAUCCACCCAGUAGGCUGGUGUCAGAAGCAAGGAAAGCCCCUCACCCCGCCACAAGAUUACCCAGACCCUGAUAGCUUCUGCUGGGAGAAAUAUCUGGAAGAAACCGGGACUUCUGCUGUGCCCACCUGGGCCUUCAAAGUGGCCACAGUUUCCCCAGGCACAGAACUUGGGCUCUCACUUUGGAGCCUCAGCUCUACUGAGCUGGGCCUUGGCCUGAAAGCAACUGUCCAUCUGCAGCGACCUCCGCACAACUUCUUGGUCAACAUGAAGCUGGAAGCUGUGGACCGUAGGAACCCAGCCCUGAUUCGUGUGGCCAGCGUGGAUGAUGUGGAAGACCAUCGGAUAAAGCUCCACUUUGAUGGCUGGAGUCACAGCUAUGACUUCUGGAUUGAUGCCGACCACCCAGACAUCCAUCCUGCAGGCUGGUGCUCCAAGACAGGCCAUCCCCUGGAGCCUCCUCUCCGGCCCAGAGAUCCCAGCUCUGCUUCUCCUGGGGGCUGCCCCCCUCUCAGCUGCAGGAGCCUGUCUCACUCCAGGACCUCCAAAUACAGCUUUCACCACCGGAAGUGCCCCACUCCUGGCUGUGAUGGGUCUGGCCAUGUCACAGGCAAGUUCACAGCUCACCAUUGCCUCUCGGGCUGCCCACUGGCUGAGAGAAACCAGAGCCGCCUGAAAGCAGAACUGUCUGACACGGAGGCCUCAGCCAAGAAGAAGAACCUGCCCAACCUGUCACCAAGAAAGAAGCCUCGUCCUCAUGGCCGGAUUGGACGCCCUCCAAAGUAUCGGAAGAGUCCACAGGAAGAUUUACAGACGCUUGCUCCUGAUGUCAUGCAGCAGUCCCUCUUCAUGUCAGCCUUGUCGGCCCACCCUGACCGCGCACUGUCCAUAUGCUGGGAGCAGCACUGCAAACUCCUGCCGGGAGUGGCGGGCAUCUCGGCUUCCGCCGUGUCCAAGUGGACCAUCGAGGAGGUCUUUGGCUUCGUUCAGACCCUGACAGGUUGUGAGGACCAGGCGCGCCUCUUCAGAGAUGAGGUAAGGUGCAAGCACAGAAGAGAACACAGUGACAAGGUCACUGUGUCAGGAGCUGGCAGGCAGCAGGUGCCCCACCAGCACUGCCCACUCAGGGAAGGGUAUCUGUUAUUCCCUGAGACUAGUCUUGGUGACUUAGAUUUCUGGGAAGAAUUUGGUAUGGACUGUGACCCACCUGAUACUGUGUGUUCAGGUCAUCUUCAGGAAAGAAAGCACAUCCUGGAGAUGGGAAUCCAUUCACUCCUCUGCUUUCUACCCAGUCUUUCAAUGGCCAAACUUAGUCUCAUUACUGGUAGUCAGGAAAUUAAAGUGGGUUUUUGUUUUGUAUUUUUUGUUGGUUUGAUUGAUUCCAUGCAAGGGGAUCGAACCUAGAGCUUCACACCAGCUAAGCAUGCACUCUGCUGCUGAGGAACAUCCUCAGCACAAGGCACAUUUGUUUUUGUUUCUGUUUUUGUUUUUGUUUGGAGGGUACUGGGAAUCAAACUCAGGACCUUGUGCUCACCAGGCAAGUCCGUAUACUGCUGAGCUGUAUCCCCGGCUCCAACAAGGCAUAUUUUAAAUGGCACAGUUAUUGCUAUUAAGUGUGAAGAUCCUGAUGCAUAGUUAUGGUUAAAACCCAAGACCUUAGCAAAAAUAAGAAACAGUGAAUUACUGGUAAAGAAUCCAGCUUUGGCAACAGUCUGGAUUAAAUUCCAGUGCUCUCAUUUUGAGCUGCUUAUUGUCUCUGAUCCUGCAUCUCAUUUGUAAAAUGGAGAUAAAGUGGGCAUAAUCAGCAUGAACCUGGGGUCAUUAUGAGCAUUGGAAAGGAGGAGAACUCAUUAUGCCAUAAUGCUUGUCAUUACUGUGUGUGUAAACAUAUAUAUAUAUAUGUGUGCACAUAUGUUUAUAACAUAAUACUGCUGUGUAUAAGUAUAUAACUAUGUGUAUAUCAAUAUAUAGUGAUAUUUAUAUAUUCCCAAAUAUAAUGAUAUUUACAUAUUGCUAAUUAAUACAUAAGUGGUGCUAGCUUACAUCAGUAUUGUUGGGUAAUAUGUAAAUUAUAUCACUAUAUGAGAAGUCCAGAUAUAGUGGGGGCUCUAUAAAUGGUAGUUGUGACUUUUAAUACAUAUUUGCCCUUAAAUAAAGAAUUAUACUAUGAUUCUCCUAAUUGUAGAAUUUGAAAUUGGAAGGGACUUUUGAGUUUAAUGUGUAGGGCUUUGUUCCAAAGAAUACAAAUAUUCCUCCUAUAUAUUCACCUUUGCCCAAGACUUGGCUGCCCCAAGUUGCCUAUCCAGGUCAGAUGUCUGUAAGAAGGAGCCCAUGCCUCUUUAGUAAGAUGCCUUCAUCCAGGCCCGGCACAGCUGGUUCCUUCCUCCGAUCCUGGGUGGUGCCCCCACCCCCACAGAAUCAGGUGAAGGGCCCAUCUAACCAGGCCUUUCUACCAGGCCUUUCUAGAGGCUUCCCACCAGGGUGUGGCAAGGGAGACAAGCAGGGAAGGAGGAAGGGGAGGAAGAGAUUGAGGAAAUGUUCAUCUUAAAACUCCACAUAGCGUCACAAGUUUUAGAACAUGCACACUUGAACCCAGCCCUUCAAUCAAUUUGUAAAGCAUUUCCAUGCCCCUUUUAGUCCACAUUCCAAGAGACAACCACUGUUCUGAUUUCUAGCACCAUAGAAUAACUUGGUCUAUUCUUGAACUUGUAUAAAAGGAAUCAGACACCAUGUACUCUUCGGGAUCUUUUUGUUCAGUAAGUGUUUUUGAGGUCUUUCCAUGUUGUUAUGUGUGCCCAAAGUUUGUUUAUAGCUGAUUAGUGUCCAGUGUUAUGAGUGUACCGUAGUUGUCCUGUUCAUAAACAUUUGGAUGGGUUUCCACUGCACAGGUCCCUACCCUGGGUGUUCUCACUCGCUCCUCCACAGCUGGCCUCUUCCCUUGCUAACUCUACCCAUAUAUCUGUCCUUUAGAAUUCGCAGCUAUCACCAUUCCUACCUAUCUGUGGACAAAGUGAUUUUACAUUACAGAUCUGACAUACAUCCCUGAGUACUUUAGCUUGCAUCUCUGAAACAGGACUAUCUCUGUAUAACCACAAUGUUGAAAUCCCACUAACAGGGUGACAGUAGCUCCUUGGUACCGUGUCAUACCUAGGCUGUAUUCAAAUCUUCCCAGUUGCCUCAAAACAUCUUUUGUAGUUUUUGAAGCACACAAGACCCAAAUAAUUGAUUUCAGUUGAUAUGAUUCCUCAAGAUCAUUCUAGGAUAGCCCCCCCCCGACUUUUCUAUGUUCAUGACAUUUCUAAGAGUAUUGCAGAAUGUUCCCUUCUGGACUUGUUUUGUUUCCUUGUAAUGUUGCUUCACUUGUUCCUCUGUUGCUUGUGUUCUCUAUAAACUGAAGGUCAGGUCCAAAGUCUUGGUUAGGUUUAGGUUAAAUCAAUUUCUUCUCUCUGUGUCUCUCUGUCUCUGUCCCUGUCUCCCCCCCACCCCCCGCGCCCCGCCGUGUUUUUUAUCAACAGUAGGUCAGGUGAUAGAGCAUCCCUCCUCCUGCAUCACACUGGGGUCCCAUGGGAUGUGCACAGUGUCUACCUGUUCCACCAUUAACCACUAGCAGCUCUAAGCGAGGAUGUUUUGUCUUUGACAUUUCAAAGGUGUGAAUCAUACUUGUGGAUUUGGAGGUGGUUAUAGAGAUUACUGGGCUCCAGGAAACAUUUACAGAGUGGAUGACUAGUGAGGGAAAUUGUUGAGGAUGUGGGCAAAGUAAACUUCCUGGGCUCAGGGCCAGCUGUCACUACCUUGAAACUCUUAAUGCUCUUUUGAACAAAUGGGGUCCUCAUUUUCAUUUCAUCCUGGUCAGCAGAGAUAGAGAAAGCGAGAGUGCAUACGUAUGACCCUGGGGGGCCAGUGGCUGUUUUUCGUUCCUUCUCCAUCCCAUUGCUGUCUCCUUUUCUCCUUUCUUCCCCUUUCUCCUUUCUCCUGUCCCUCUCUUCCCUCUGACACCCCUUCCCCCCACAUAUGACACCCCCUUUGCUCCCGUUUUCUCAUUCCCUGAGCACAUCCUCACCUCUCCUUCACCCCUUCCCCUUGACCCUUUCUGCCUUCUCCGCCCUCCACCUCCCUUCCCGACCCCUCAGAUGAUUGACGGCGAGGCCUUCCUUUUGCUGACACAGGCGGACAUUGUGAAGAUCAUGAGCGUCAAGCUGGGCCCAGCCUUGAAGAUCUAUAACGCCAUUCUCAUGUUCAAAAACACUGAUGACACCUUAAAGUGACUGGGGCUGGGGCCUCCUGCAGUCCUUGCUGGGCCUCCCUCUCCAGCUGAUGGUUCCUUCCUGGCGUGACCCUCCUACCCCCACUGUACCCCCACCCUCUGUACCUGACAGGCCUGCUCUUUCCUAAAAGGUGCAGAGGGGCCCUAGGGAAGGUAGAGACCUGGCCCUGGUCCUGGAGCUCACAUUUACCUUCAGGGGCACUGGUGAAACCAGGACUGAGCUGUGGCAUCGCCCAAGGAGUUGGUGGGAGGUACCCUGUCUAGGGAACUCCCACAUCUCUCCUUGAUUCUGUUGUGAUCAAAGGUUCUUUUGCUUACUAGUGAGGAAGAAUCUGGUAGAGUAGGAGUCCCCACACUGAGGCUCUUUUUCCUUUUGGCAUCUGUAUUUUUCUCUCCUUGACUUCCUUCCUCCUAUCAAGAAGUGAUCCUGCUACAGGCAUUUAUGUGUAAAAGCACCUUCUCCCUUUCUCCGUGCUGGUUUUGUGGCCUAUAAUCUGCAGCCCAGUUUCCUGGGCAGUGACCCUAUCCAUGGCCUAGCCAGCCCCUUGGCUUUAGAUAUGUGAGCCUCAGAAGCAUGUCAUCAUAGCUGGGCUUAGUGGCACAUACCUGUAAUCUCAGCACUCUGGGAGGCUGAGGCAGGGUGACUGAAAGUUUAAACCCAGCGUGGCAACUUAGUGACUUAGUGAGAUGGAGGGCAGGGGGACAUAGCUGGAGGAGUAACUCAAUGCAAAGCCCUGGAUAAAUCCCCAGUACCACCUAAGAGAGAAGGAAAAGGGAGAGAGAGAGGAAGGGAGGGAGUGAGGGACAGAAGGAAGGAAGGCAGGCAUGUAGGCUAGAUGGACAUGUGCCAUCAAGGAACCCAUUGGGAGCUCUGUUUUUCCCAGCAGUAGAACAGACUCAUAGCCAAGAUGCCUUCAAACAUGCCCAGUUCUGAGCCAGCAGGCAUUAUAGUGGCCCACAUGAUCCUAGAUCCAGCAGCAUGAGCAAGUGUUUGGAUCCUGUUUUAUAACUGGCAGAGUUUUGCACACACUGUCCCUGAUGGGUGUAGGAAAGAGGAAGCCUGGUCAGGUAAAUAGCCCAAGCCAGGAGGCCAGUUCAAGGAACUAUCAGAAAAUCUCUAGCCAAAGGACAGCUCCAGAAGGCGUGGUUCCCCAAAAGACAACUAGCAUCCUCUCUACAUCUAUGGGUCUUUGCUAAGGUAUUGCCCAUGGGCAAAGGCCCCCUGCCUCCCAGGCCUCCCGCCAUGGGAAUGUAGGACUCUGUCUAGCACAUAACCCCACCCCAAAUAUGAAAUCACAUUUGAUCCGUCCCUUCUGUGUUUACCACUUGCUCUGGAGGUGUCUUACAAAGCCCACUUGGGGUUAGGAGUUGGAAAGGUAAGCUCUCCUAUCUUUGAAUUCUUUGGGUCCCUUAAGCCCUCUUAUCUUGUCUUGCACUGCCAGCUGGGCCUGUGCUGGGGCUCUGGGUCUUCAGCCUCUCUGUCCACACAGGGACCCAGCCUCCACUAAACCACUGCCAAACCUUCCACCCAGCCUAAGUGGGAAGGACCAGAGCCACCCCAGAAGCCAGCCCCAUGUGGAGGUGAAGGGUUAGUGCAAGCUCCCUCACCUCCAGGUGCUGAGAUGGGCCUGCAAGCUGUGGAGCUGGGGUCCUUCCUCAGACUCCCCCUCUUUGUCAUGUGACAGUAUGGAUGUGUGUGUGGGACUCAUAUACAGAUGUGAGGCUCAGUGCUGGGACCAUGUCAAGGGCUAUUGGUAAAAUAUAAAGCUUUAUUUUUGUCUUUAGAGGAAACCCAAAGCUCUGUUAAUUUCCUGCCACAGCCGUAAAGAGGCAGCCCUCCACUGUGGGCCAGACAGUUUUUGGGGAUACCCCACUAAGCCUCCAGCUGAUCUCUGCAGAGCUUCAGAUGUCCCUUCCCUUUCAGCCCUCAGGUGGCUCUGAGCACAGCCUUCCUAGGAGGACAGGUGGGCAAGCCAAACCACAGGGCAUACAUAGGCUGAGUUUACAGAGAUGACAUUGCUGCCCCUUGACUGGAGUAAAAGGAACACGUGCAAGUCUUUUAUUCUAACUGCAGUGGAACCCAUCAGCUCCUGUCCUUAAUCUGCCUCUGAGAUGUUCUCUGACUCUGUGGGUUGAGAAGGCAGCAGGUGCUCCCUUCCUGGUGCCGUGGACCUUCCAGCUUCAAAGGAGAGAAGCUGGACAGCCUUUUCCAUGUGGAUCUUCCAGCCACCUAAUGCUCACCCAUGGAAAAGGCCAGGUGGACCAAAGGCCUCUAAACUUUGAGGUCUCAGCCUUCUCUGCACUAAUGUCAAACCCGUGGGGAAGAAACCAAAUCUUAGAAGAGCAGGAAGAAGCCGGCCUCCUGCCCUUCACCCUACUGCAUGCCCACACGAGCUGUCUGGACCUUGGCCUGGGAUCACAGGAGGGGAAGGGAGUGGGUGGCGUUUCUGGUGCCCUGUGCCCUGUUCUCUAGCAACAGGCACCACUUAUACUUUGGCCCCAGGAGGCUUGCUCAGCCCCUGUCCUGUACUGGCUGAGGAUAAGGACAAUUUUUGGUUUAAUUUCUGAGGCGGAGAAUGGCCCCAGAGUUUGAAAAUUAAGCCUUUUUGCACUUCUAUUCUCAUGCACUUUGGUGAGGUUUCAUUUUUGUACUUUGUGUGUGUACGCGCACGCGUGUGUGUGUGUGUGUGUGUGUGUGUGUGUAUGUGUGUACUUAAACUCAUGUUCUGUAAGAGAACUCUGGUUAAAAUGAAAGUGACUCAUGAAGAAAAAAUUACAAAAUAUGGUGUGAUUUGUCAAUGUGUUGAAAUGACUUAUAAAUAAAGUUGAAUAGCUGGAUGAUA